UGUUUUUCAGCUGCUACCGCAGCAACUGUAAUUGUGUCAAUUGCUUAUCAGACUUGCUCUAUUUUAAGAAACAACUCAAGUAACUCAAUCUGCAAACAGGCCAAGUGGAUUUGCAGUUGCACUCUGUUUUUUGAACUCGGUGGAGACGGGAGCAGGUCAAAAAGCGGCAAAACGAUUCUGGGUGAAAAAUGCCUCCCCCCGAUGGAUACCACCACAACUCAAAUGAAGAUGAUGUGAAUUCUCCUAACAGUCCUUUGAACUUCCUGGAUCAGAACUACCAGGAGCUGCACCAGAACUGCCUCACUGAAAACACACUUUACAAUGAUGAGUUGUUCCCUCCAGACAACAGCUCUAUUGGCUUGUUUGAUGACCUGCCACCUCAGGUUGACAUGUCUCAAGUUGUGUGGAAGCGGCCAGCUGAGUUGGUGUCAGACCCUAAUUUAAUCGUAGAUGGCGUGUCCAGGUUUGACUAUGCACAGGGAAGUGUAUUAGGAAACUGUUGGUUUUUGGCUGCUAUUGGGGCACUAACUUUUGAGAAGGAUAUCAUAAAACAAGUCAUGCCAGCUGAACAGUCAUUCACCAAGGAUUAUGCUGGGAUUUUUCAUUUUAGGUUUUGGCGAUUUGGUAAAUGGGUUGAUGUUGUUAUUGAUGACCACCUUCCAACUAUUGAUGAUGAACUACUUUUUGUGUGUUCGAAAACAUCUAAUGAGUUUUGGCCUGCCUUACUGGAGAAGGCUUAUGCAAAGGUGUGUGGAUCCUACGCUGACUUGCAUGCUGGUUUCAUAUCUGAGGCCCUGAUGGACUUCACUGGCGGGACUCAUAUGUAUUAUACGCUGAAUACGGCUCCUGCUGAUUUGUGGAAAAUCAUGGAAUGUGCAUUCAAGUCAAAAACACUUAUUGGCUGUGGCUCUAAUUCAGCGACAACACCUGAAGAAAACGAGUUACUUCAUGGCAUAGUUGCGGAGCAUGCUUACACGGUGACAGGGGUUUUUGAGGUGAUGAGUGAGGAAAAUGCAGUCCAGCUGGUAAGAUUGUUAAAUCCAUGGGGCGAAGAAGAGUGGCGAGGAGACUGGAGUGAUGGAUCACCCGCAUGGGACACUGUUUGCGAGGAAGUCCGCAAAAUUUGCCAUGAAGUUUUAAAUAACGGGGAGUUCUGGAUGUCAAUGGAAGACUUUACCAACAUUUUUGAAAACAUCGACAUCUGUUGUCUCUGUCCUGAUUUUCUGGACGACUCUGCUGAAUGUCACUGGACCUCAAAACGGCAUUUUGGCAGAUGGAAUGCUAUGAUUACAGCGGGUGGUGACAUAAAUGAGACAGAGACCUUCUGGAUAAACCCUCAGUUUCGGGUGAAAAUUGAUGAGCUUAAUGAGGAAUGCGCUAGUGGCCAGCGUCCUGAAAAUAUACUGGUGUCCCUCAUUCAGAACCACGAGAAGAGAAACAGAAAUAGCCAAGAAAAUUUUAAUAUUGGCUUCUAUGUUUUUGAGAUACCAUUCGAGAUGAGAAGUCAAAGCGGCAGGUUUUCGUCCGAGUUCUUCAUUGAUAGAGAACCUGUGGCACAGACUGAUGAAUUAAUAUGGUUUAGAGAGGUGAUGAAAUUCUUCAGGCUGGAGCCGGGAGAGUAUUUGAUCGUACCUUGCACAGAGAAUCCGGGUGAAAUGGCUUCCUUCAUCCUGUCUGUUUAUUCAAAGAAUGAGACACACUUGGAAGAUAUUCAAGAAAAUCCAGAGUAGAAUGGAGACCUUCUUGAUGAGGGUGAGGUGAACAUUUUAGAGUCUGUAGAUCUUUAUUGCUAGGAAUCACUAGGAAUCAGUAUGUUCUGCUUUAAUUUUUUCUCAGUCAAUAAUAUAGGGAAAAAAAGAGAAAUGUACUGUUUUAUUCAAGAGGUUUACCUUUAUUUGCCAAAUAUUUUUUUUUGGUUUGUAAAGCAAACCUUUUGGGAGAGUAGUACAGUAGCCCAGUUGCUACUGUAGUUUUAAUUAUUUAAAUAGUUUAUAUACUACUGUAAAAAAAAAAAAAGAAUGAAAGUGUGUCAUUAUAUCAGAAAGUGCAUGUAAUUCUUUUGUCAAUUCCAAAUAAUUUAUACUGCUGCAGGCAUAUAUGCAUGAAAAGCUUUGAUGCAUCAAAGCAAAAAUAAAAAAGGUAGAAUGUAUUAUAAGUAUUGGUCACCUGUUUAGAGAAGCCAUAUGUCAUGAGUUCAGAGGAUCAUAUGUCUGUUUAGAAAUCUGUCAGUGAAGCUUCUUAAGCUCAAAGCACAUGGUGCUUAUGAAGGUACAAAUUAGACCUAGAUUGCAGUAUAAGUAAUUUUGGAUUAAAGUGUCUUUAAAAUGAAUAAAUGUAAAUACAAACUAUGUAAUUUAUCAGUCGAGUGUCGGUUUUGUUGUGGUGUUUGUCCCAAGCCACUAUUUGAUGCCAACAAGCAUCUAUUGUAUAUUUGUCUUUCAGUGGAAUGACACCUGUUAUUUCUAAUUUCUAAUUUUAGUGCCAGAACUGAUUGCAGAUGAUUAAAAAUAAAAAUUGCAUUUAAGUGUAACUAAAAGCUUGCUAAAGCAAGGCUAACUUAUAGAUAUUUGGCAAUAAGCCUAAAUGAAUGUUGGCUGACUUAAACAGCUAUUUGACACACUCCCUUUCAAUAUCUGGGGAAUAUAUGCAUCUAUUUUUAACAGCUAACAACUAACUCUUACUUACUCUCAAUAUUUUGCUGACAGAUCUUUUGACAGCAUGUGUGGAACAACAUUAUUUCUUUCUUUUUCUUUUUUUUAUAACUUCUCUUGUUCAAUUUACUACAGUUUCUUCAAAUAAACACUAGUUCAAAUAAAUAAAUAACCUUUUAUUGCUUUUCAGACCAAAAUUUGUUAUCCCUUGGAAACUUGUUAUGAUUUUUAAGGUAAUACAUUUUGACAUUUGCAUUACGUAUAGCUCCAUACAUUUGCUUGCAUAGUUUCUUGCUUGGUAUAUCAUGCAGCACAGCACUUCACUUGAGUACAAGUUCAAUAAAGCAUUAAACCUUUAGUGUAAUUUAAUUUCUGAAACGCUAUGAAUAAACAAGCUGAAGUAUUAAACGGGCACAGAGUAGUUCACGCAAGCAUGAAACACCUUCAUGGUAAAACACUUGUCACUUAAAUGCAAUAAGCAUUUAUUAAAAAUAAUAUAUAUAUAACUGAUGAAAAAAGAAGAAACAUAGUUCUAGGGACAUUUGUUUAUGGUUUUUCAAUUAUUAUAUGUUGAUUUGUUAUUUAAAAAAUAUAUAAUAAUAUAUAUAUAUAUAUAUAUAUAUAUAUAUAUAUAUAUAUAUAUAUAUAUAUAUAUAUGUGUGUGUGUAUAUAUAUAUAUUGACACAUUUUGACACAUAUAUAUCCAUGUGUCACGUCUUUUGUUUUGAUUGUCCCAUGUGCUCUGUUUGCCCUACUUUUCGUUUCAGUUGAUUGUCUUAUUGUGUUCAGCUGUGUCUCAUUAAUGUAGUAAUUUGCUUUGUGUAUUUAAGUCCAGUUUGUUACAUUUCAGUUUUUUUUUUGUCCGAUCGUCGUCUUUAAUAUGUGUGGUUUUUGUUCUGCCUGCUUGCAGCUAUAUUGUUUAUUUCAUGUGUAGAAAAUUAAGACUAUUUAUGUUAUAUUGUCAUCUAGCGCUCCUUCUCUCUUAAACCACACCAUGGCAUUUUUACAAUAUUUUAGUUCACAGUGUACUAUAUGUUUCCUGCAACGCUGUGCUUGUGUUCUCUCUCUUCUUCUCAAAUAAACUAGUAUUACUAUUAUUUAAAUCUGA